GCGGGCUUUCGUCGGUUAUGCCAUGUGAUUUCUGACACUCUCCAAAUGGAGCAUAACAACAGCAACAACAAACAUAUUCUAAGACCACUGGCAGGAACUUUAUGUUAUGUCUGGCAAAGUAGCUCUGGUCACUGGUGCAAACAGAGGUAUUGGCUUUGAAAUUUGCAAGAUACUUUGCCAAAAGCUGAAAGGUACAAAUGGAACAGUUAUUCUGACAGCGCGUAACGAGCAAGAAGGCCAGAAAGCAUGCGAACGGUUAACAAAUGAUGGCUUCCAGGCACACUUCAUGCAAUUAGAUGUUACAUCUCGAAGAUCUAUACAAAAUACAGCCAACAAGAUCAAAGAAAAAUUUAAUGGCUUGGAUAUUCUCAUAAACAAUGCUGCAUACAUGUUUUCACCAUCCAAGAGCGAAGGCAUGCCGUAUGCGGAACAAGUACAGAAGACACUAGAAGCAAAUUUCUUCGGUGUUCUUUAUGUUUAUGAUGCAAUGUAUCCUUUACUCAGACCCAAGGCCAGAGCUGUUAAUGUGUCCUCGCGUCUCGGAUCUGUUGAUAUCCUUGGAGUUCAACUGAGAAAAAAGUUUUGCAGUCGAAAUAUUAAUCGCAAUGACCUCUUAGAGCUAAUGAAUCAAUAUCUAAGUGAUGUGAAGGCUAACAAGCAUGUUGGAGCUGGAUGGCCCGACUAUGACCCUAGCACGUGGCUGCCUGCGGCUUACAGUGUAUCAAAGCUAGCCGUCACAGUAUUAACCCGAAUAUUAGCAAAUGAAAGUUCCAUCCCAGGAUUUAUGAUCAAUUGUUGCUGUCCCGGUUGGUGUAGAACAAACAUUGGAGGUCCGGGUGCCCCAAAAUCUGCUGAGGAAGGUGCAGCUGAUAUUGUGGACUGUGUUUUUCUUGAAUCAGAAGAAUGUAAUGGAGCAUAUUUCCAAGACGGCAAACAACAACCAGACAUUUUGACAUGUCAAGUGCCGAUGGUUUCCCUGAAGAAAGUUGUCGGGUUUGAUGGCAAGUAUAACGAUUUAGUAUUUUGCGGUGAAGAUGCAAUGCAACAUGUGCUGUUCUUUCCAGGAGAUGUACAGAAUUACGUUGAGGAGAUGGAGAAAAUAAAAGAAAACAAAGCUUGGAGCGAUUGGGAUCUAGAGUCAACUGCUCAGCUUCUUUCCAAAAGAUUCCCUAAAAGCUUCAUUUGGGUUGUUCGAUCUGCACUCUACGACCGCAAUACGUUUGCUUGUUAUUCAAAUUUUAUCGAAAUGGAUGCUUGUGGAACACCAGUUUUCGAGAGAGCAGACUCUACAGCCCUUUCGCAUUUGAAAUGCCUUCUAGAUUCUGCAGUGAGGAAAGUUCUAGAUCUUAGCCCAGAGGAGGAAGACGUAACUGCAGAAUUUCCCAUCGUUAUCGUUGGCUUCAGCAAAGGCUGCAUGGUCUUAAACCAGCUUGCCUACGAGUUACCGAGAAUUUCCAUAUCCGAAGAUAGCACUCUCAGUGAUUUUGUGGCUCGAUUUGAUUCGAUGUAUUUCCUCGAUGCAGGCAACGGUGGACAAGCAAACGCAUACGUAACCGACGAGGACGUGUUGUUUCAUUUAGCACAAAACGUUCCGAAAAUCCGUGUGCAUGUAACGCCGUAUCAAAUGAAGGAUGAAAGUAGGCCCUGGAUCGAGAAAGAGAAAAGGAAAUUUGUUGCACAGUUAAAAUCAUUAGGUAUCGACAUAAAAGAGAAGGUUCAUUUUGCUGAUAAAAAACCUUCCUUAGCAAAUCAUUUCAGAAUUUUGACAGAUUUUAAAUUGCCUCUAUUAUCUUAAUUCGUAUAAUAAUGUAUUGUUUUGAAGCUAUUUGCCAGUUUUUGAGAGGGUAUUGCUUACAUAUAUCGAAGAGCACAAGCUGUUAUAUUCAGUAAA